AUGAGUGCCAGUGCUGGUGGUAGUGGUGGUGUGGACUGUGGUGGCAGCAGCAGCAGCUCUCAGACUUCCUGUGGGCCUGAGUCCUCAGGCUCUGAAUUAGCUCCAGUCACACCAGCACCUCGGUCGCUGCAGGGGCUCCUGGGUUCUGAUGAUGAGGAGCAGGAAGACCCCAAGGAUUAUUGCAAGGGUGGUUACUACCCAGUGAAGAUAGGUGAUUUGUUCAAUGGGCGGUACCAUGUGGUGCGCAAGCUAGGCUGGGGCCACUUCUCUACAGUCUGGCUCUGCUGGGAUAUUCAGCGCAAGCGCUUCGUGGCCCUGAAAGUAGUGAAGAGCGCAGGGCAUUACACAGAGACAGCUGUGGAUGAGAUCAAGCUCCUGAAAUGUGUCCGGGACAGUGAUCCUAGUGACCCCAAAAGAGAGACCAUUGUUCAGCUCAUUGAUGACUUCAGGAUCUCAGGAGUUAAUGGAGUCCAUGUGUGCAUGGUGCUAGAGGUCCUGGGCCACCAGCUCCUCAAGUGGAUCAUCAAGUCCAACUACCAGGGUCUGCCUGUGCCCUGUGUUAAGAGCAUUGUUAGGCAGGUGCUACAUGGUCUGGAUUACCUCCAUACUAAGUGCAAGAUCAUCCACACGGACAUCAAGCCUGAGAACAUCCUUCUGUGUGUUGGAGAUGCCUACAUUAGGCGCCUGGCUGCUGAAGCUACAGAGUGGCAGCAGUCAGGGGCCCAGCCCCCAUCCCGCUCCACAGUUAGCACUGCCCCCCAGGAGGUCUUGACUGGUAAGCUGUCCAAAAACAAGAGGAAGAAGAUGAGGCGCAAAAGGAAGCAACAGAAGUGGCUGCUGGAGGAGCGGCUGCAGGACUUGCAGCGGCUGGAGGCCAUGGAAGAUGCAGUACAGGCUGAGGACUCUGGCUCAAGAUUAGAGCAGGGCAGCGGCUCCACUUCUUCUUCAGGCUGCCACCCAGAGGGCAGCAGGGCUGGCCCCUCUCCAGCCUCUUCUUCCCCUGUGCCUGGGGGUGACCGCAGCCUUAGUCCCAGCUCACAGACCUCAGGUUUCUCAGGGUCUCUGUUCUCCACGGCUUCCUGCUCCAUCCUCUCAGGGUCAUCUAAUCAGCGUGAGACUGGAGGUCUCCUGUCUCCUAGCACACCAUUUGGUGCUUCCAACCUCCUGGUGAACCCCCUGGAGCCCCAAAAUGCAGACAAGAUCAAGAUCAAGAUUGCAGACCUGGGCAAUGCCUGCUGGGUGCACAAACACUUCACUGAGGACAUUCAGACUCGGCAGUACAGGGCCGUGGAGGUGCUGAUUGGUGCUGAGUAUGGCCCCCCAGCUGACAUCUGGAGCACAGCAUGCAUGGCCUUUGAGCUGGCCACUGGCGACUACCUGUUUGAGCCUCACUCUGGAGAAGAUUACAGUCGUGAUGAAGACCACAUUGCUCAUAUCGUGGAGCUUCUGGGAGACAUCCCCCCAGCUUUUGCCCUCUCAGGCCGCUAUUCACGGGAGUUCUUCAACCGCAGGGGACAGCUGCGCCACAUCCAUAACCUCAAGCACUGGGGCCUAUAUGAGGUGCUCAUGGAGAAGUACGAGUGGCCCCUGGAGCAAGCCACACAGUUCAGCGCCUUCCUGUUGCCCAUGAUGGAGUACAUCCCUGAGAAGAGGGCCAGUGCUGCCGACUGCCUCCAGCACCCCUGGCUUAAUCCCUAGAUCUUGCUGGAGCUGUGGACAGCAGGGGCUGUGCUGGCUUUGCCCUAGCUCACAGUGCCUUGAGGGAAA